CCAAGGCUACUUUUGUUUGAUCUAUUGUACAUUAAGUCAAUAAACACAGAAAUGUCCUCAUGCAUUUGCUUGGGUCCCAAAAGAGCGGGUAAAACGCACCUGCUGAAAGCUCUACAAGACCCUGAUUCCAUCGAUGAGACGACCUACUCAAUGCCCACCAUUGGUACUGGAAUCUAUCGCAUACAUUUCCCCACAAAAUCGCCCAACGGGGAUAAACACAGGCCACCCCCGGCAGAUACUCAGGUUAACAUACCUCAUGGUGGAAAACAUUUGCCCAAAUCCAUACAGAUCCUGGAGAUCGGUGGAAGUAUGGCGCCCUUGUGGCGGCAGUAUUUCGAGGAUGUCAAGAAGCUGAUCUAUGUGGUGGAUACCUCCAAUCUCUGCCAGAUCUCCGCCGCCGGUGUUCUUUUCUAUUCAAUCCUCACCGAGCCGCGCCUGCAGAAGGUCAAGAUCUUGUUGGUGUUGGCCAAAAUGGACUACUCCUACCGACAGAUGCGAAACGAGGCUCUGCUCAUGCUGCAGAUGUCCAAGUUGCAGAAGCAGAUCCGCCAGCAGGUGACCAUCGUGGAGGCCAGUGCGGUCACCAAAGUGGGACUGGAUCCCAUCUACGACUGGCUGCAGAGGCCCUAA